UUGGAACAAGAACAAUAUAUACCCUGCACGCUGAGCAAUGAAUAGCAUCUGAGUAAGGCCACAUAGAACUUUCUUGGUCACACCUAGCCAGCUGCAUUAUAUUCGUAUAAACCCCUCCUCUUCUAGAUCCUACAACAAAACAAACCCAUCAACUCAUUCUCUUCCAUCUCCUUCCAAGAACUAAUCAAACAAGCGAAGGAAGUUAGCCAUUGCUUGUUCCUCACAAGGGACGCCAAUGCAUGCCCCGAGGAAGUUCAAGAAGGCCUUCAUGGCGCAGCUCCUGCUGAGCCUGCGGGCGGCUGGAGAGGCGUCCAAGUCCAUGGGCCUCCGGGAGCGCCGGGACGUCGUGCGGCUCUCCUCCGACGUGGCGAUGGCGCUGGCGUCCGCCUCCGCCUCGGCCCGCGCGGCGCCGCGGACGACGAUGUGGGCAAGCGCACUCGUCGCACGGCACGCGGCGGAGCGGCGGAACGAGGCGGCCUUGCGCCGCAUCAUGGGCGGGGCAGGCUACGAGAUGGCCGCCGCCGCGGCGGCAGCGGCGAAAGGGAGGAAGGAGGCCCGGAGCAGGAGGAUCGUGAGGAGGUCGCGCCGCGUGUGCAGCACCGGCAGGAAGAGGAGGAGCUUGCUGACGGCGAGCAGCGGAUGCAGUGCAAUGGCGGCGGCCAGGAGGAUGGUGAGGGCGAGGCUGCAGGUGCUCAGGAGUCUCGUGCCGGGAGGGGAGGAGCUGCGUGGCUUCUCCCUGCUGAGCGAGACGCUGGACUAUGUUGUGUGCCUCAAGACACAGGUGGAGCUCAUGCAAUGCCUGUGCAAAGGAUCCCGUUCCCAGCUCCGUUAGGGCGAUGAUCUCAUAUCAAGGCAGCAGCAGCUGCAGACCUGCUUCAGAGGUGCGAGAGGAUUCAAUGAAAUGCUUUACCGCCGCACUCACGAAAAGCAAGGACUGCAACUCAGGCCGUAUGGAUGGGAGAGAAAGAGAGCUCAAAUCAAUUGCCUACGGGAGCCAAUUUACUAUAGCUCUAGUUACUAGUACUGAUAUUACCACUGUAACUAUUGUGCAAGUAUAUGUCAGUGCAAAGAUGGACCUUGGUUUAAGUAAAUCUAUCUCCUAGCAGAUAGGAUGAACAAGACAUCGUCCACUCGGUGAAAGAAAUUUUGGUGUUAAUUAAUUUAUCGGUUAAUCACCAAAUUUUGUUUUUAUGUAUGAGAGAAAUCAGAAAUCAUGCAUGUAUGUAUGUGUAGUGUCCAAUCUCAAUGAAAUGGGGACCUUUUUUAUGGCUCGGUUUCA